CAUUGUUAUUGUUUUGUUUAUAAUCUAAUAUUGUGUGAUAGAGUUUGGAUUGUUCUUAUUCUUAAAUAGCCUAGUUUUAUAACAAUGAUUAUAUUUUUCAUGAACGUUGAAAAAACACAUACUUUAUAAAAUAGAUUAGUAAUAUUUUAUUUUACUUCGAUUACAAUUUUAAAAAUGUCGCAGAUAAAAGUUACUCCUUUGGGUGCUGGACAAGAUGUUGGAAGAAGUUGCAUUCUCUUGACUAUAGGAGGAAAAAAUGUUAUGCUUGAUUGUGGAAUGCAUAUGGGUUUUAAUGAUGAUCGAAGAUUUCCGGAUUUUUCAUUCAUUGCGCAAGGAAAUUUAAAUCAGCAUUUAUCUUGUGUCAUUAUCAGUCAUUUCCAUUUGGAUCAUUGUGGAGCCCUUCCAUAUAUGACAGAAAUGGUUGGCUAUAAUGGUCCUAUUUAUAUGACAAUGCCUACCAAAGCCAUUUGUCCCAUUCUUUUGGAAGAUUAUAGGAGAAUUACAGUUGAUAAAAAAGGUGAGACAAAUUUUUUCACGUCUACUAUGGUAAAAGACUGUAUGAAAAAAGUGACAACAGUUGGUUUGCAUGAGACAGUACAGGUAGAUGAUGAAUUAGAAAUUAAAGCUUAUUAUGCUGGUCAUGUGUUAGGAGCUGCCAUGUUUCUGAUUAAAGUAGGAUCUCAGUCAGUUGUCUAUACAGGAGAUUUCAACACUACUCCAGAUCGUCAUUUAGGAGCAGCAUGGAUUGACAAAUGCAGACCUGACUUGUUGAUAACUGAGUCCACUUAUGCCACUACCAUCAGGGACUCAAAACGUUGUAGAGAAAGAGAUUUCUUGACAAAAGUCCAUGAUUGUGUAGAGAAAGGAGGAAAGGUGUUAAUUCCUGUCUUUGCAUUGGGUCGAGCACAAGAAAUGUGCAUUCUUUUGGAGACAUACUGGGAAAGGAUGAAUCUGAAAAUUCCAAUUUAUUUUGCUGUUGGUCUCACUGAAAAGGCAACAACUUUUUACAAGAUGUUUAUCACUUGGACCAAUCAGAAAAUAAAGCAGACUUUUGUUCAUCGAAAUAUGUUUGACUUCAAACACAUAAAGCCAUUUGAUCGUGCUUAUGUAGACAACCCUGGUCCAAUGGUUGUUUUCGCUACUCCUGGAAUGUUGCAUUCAGGACUUUCAGUCCAAAUUUUUAGAAAAUGGGCUCCUAAUGAAAAUAACAUGUUGAUUAUGCCUGGAUAUUGUGUAGCAGGAACUGUUGGACACAAAGUCAUCAGUGGUGCAAAGAAAAUUGAAUUUGAAAAUAGACAGAUUGUAGAAGUGAAAAUGUCUGUUCAGUACAUGUCCUUCAGUGCCCAUGCAGAUGCUAAGGGAAUCAUGCAAUUAAUUCAACACUGUGAACCUUCUAAAGUUCUGUUGGUGCAUGGUGAAGCCUCCAAAAUGGAAUUUCUCAAGAAAAAAAUUAAUCAAGAACUUGGCAAAGAAUGCUUCAUGCCUGCCAAUGGAGAGACAGUCUCAUUUACCACUCCUGUCUCUGUGCCUGUGGAUACAUCUCUUAGUCUGGUGAAGAAACAACUCUUCCAGGAAGGAGGAACAAGUAGUGUGACAAAAAGGAAGAAUAUUCUUCAUGGGAUGCUGGUCAUGAAUAACAAUAAGAUCCGUUUAAUGGAACCAGAUGAUGCAAUGUCUGAAUUGGGUUUAGUGCCUCAUCAAAUACGUUUUACUUCUACAAUAUUCAUUGAUGAUCCUUCAGGAGCUCCUGCCUCUAGACUGACAGAUGUUAUCUUUUCAAAAAUAAAAGGUAUGCUAGAAAACCGUGUUGUUCAGUUGGCUCCUGACUGUUCUAUUACUGUGGCUUCUGUACUUAUCAAAGUAGAUGUUGGAGAGGAUGAUACAAAGAGUAUUUGCGUGUCCUGGGGAUAUCAGGAUGAAGAACUUGGAAAGAAUUUACUCCCUGCCAUCAAAAAAUGGGCUGAUGAAACAAAGUGAUCCUCAGAUUUAUUUUUAAUUUUUCACUGUUAUGUAAAUAAUGAUGUAUAUAAAAUGUUGUGAAUAAAAAUUUUUUUAUAGAAA